CACUCACUCAGGGCAGAGAUUUAAAUCUCCUGGAAGUUCCCCAGGAGCAAACAAACACUCGGCAGACUGCGGCGUUUGUGGGUCAGAACUUGGAGAUGGACCUCCGAGGGAUUCUUGUGCUGCUCCUGGCUCUGACACACAGAGGCUCCUACUCUGCAGCGCUGCCAUGGACCGAACUGAACGAAGCAGUGGCAUUUCUGAAGCGGUUUGGCUACCUGAAUGAGCCUGCGGAUCCCUCAAACCCAAACAAUCUGGAGGAGGUCAUUCAAGCCCUCAGCAUUUUCCAGAGAGUGAAUGACCUUCCACCGACCGGAGAGCUGGAUGAGGAGACCCUGGGUGUGAUGAGGCAGCCCCGCUGCGGCCUGCAGGACCCCUUCAAUAUGAAGCACAACAAGUACAGAAUCGCAAGUCGCUGGAGGAAGAAGAAUCUGACCUACCGCAUCUAUAACUACACGCCUGACAUGAAGGAGUCAGCAGUGAAGGCAGCCAUCCAGUCGGCCUUCAGGUACUGGAGCGACGUGACCCCUCUGACCUUCAGAGAGGUCACGCUUGGAUCAGCAGACAUCAGGAUCUCCUUCCACUCCAGGACGGGCUUCUGUCCGUUUGACGGUCCUGGUCAUGUGCUGGCCCACGCCGAGUACCCGGAGUCAGGGAAGGUCCACUUCGACGAAGAUGAGUACUGGACUGAAAGGGCAUACUACGGCACCAAUCUUCGUAUCGUGGCAGCUCAUGAGAUCGGUCACGCGCUUGGUCUGGGCCACUCGCAGUACAGUAGCGCCCUCAUGGCACCGGCCUACUCGGGGUACCGCGCCAACUUCCAGCUGCAUCCAGACGACGUGCGAGGAAUCCAGGCUUUGUAUGGUAAACCCAAUUCUCGGCCGACAUCUGGGAAACCACCUCCAGAGCCCAGUAUGGCCCCUGAAGUGGUCCCGGAUCCAUGCACUGCAAACCUGGAUGCCAUAAUGUUGGGUCCAUGGAAGAAAACCUUUGCCUUCAGCGGUGACUACAUGUGGACCAUCUCCGCUCUGGGUCACAACAAGCCAGUGAAGAUCAGCACUCUGUGGAGCCACCUCCCUGGAAACCUGAGCGCGGCCGUCCACUCCCCAAGGACCAACAAGACUUACUUCCUCAAAGGAGGACAGGUGUGGCGGUACACCAGCUUUCAUCUGGACCGCGGGUACCCCAAACAAAUGCAGCGAAUCCCACACGACAUCAACGCCGUCUUGUACCUGGAGAAGAACAAGAAGCUGGUCUUCAUCAAGGGUUCAGAUCACUGGCAGUGGGACGAGCUGAGGUACAACGACUUGAGCUUGUACCCCAAACCCCUGGACAAGCUGUUCACCGGCGUGCCCUCGAACGUCGACGCCGCUUUCACCUGGACCAACGGCAAGAUCUUCUUCUUCAAAGGAGACAAGUACUGGCGGGUCAACGAGCUGCUGAGAGUCGACCGAGGUUAUCCUCUCAGUAAGAAGGAGCGAUGGAUGCGAUGCUGAAGCUCGCCCUCUAGGGGGCAGCAGAAGGCUCCGGUUCCACUGCUGUUGGAUCUCAGCUGUUCUUCGAGCGUGACUCACUUUCGGAGCUCAAGAGUGUUUUUGUGACUGAGAGUUACGUAAACUUGAUCUCGGGGAGCGGUGGAGGAGGGAGGCUCUGUCUCCAACAUGUGCGUCCCAUUAUGCGCUGCGAUGCUGGCCGUCAGAUGUAACGUGAUGAAGGGAGUUGCGCGCUUUCUGUUCGCGUUGGUCUGGUUCGCUCCGCCUGCCUUCGAUCAGCCCGUGAGUCAUCGUGCAAAACAAACAGACACCCAGCACACGGAGAGAAGUGGGGACAC